UUGUAGCUGAUAUAGUGAUGGAGAAACUACUUGACACCUGCAUGGAAAAACUUAAGACGAAACCUGUGAUAUUAACAAAGUAUGUAGACGAUUUAUUUAUGAUUGUUGGGGAAAAUGCAAUACAAGAAACAUUGACGACUUUCAAUAAUUUCAACAAAAAUAUUAAAUUUACCAUUGAAAAGGAGCAUAAUGGUUCCAUCCCAUAUCUGGACACACUUGUAAUGAGAAAGGACAAUAAAAUAGAAAUGAACUGGUAUCAAAAACCGACGGCAUCGAGUCGCAUAUUAAAUUUCCACUCGAAACAUCCAAAACAAAUGAUUAUUAACACAGGUAGGAAUCUUAUAAACAGAAUAUUGAAUAUUAGCGACCAUAAAUUCCACGAAAAUAAUAAAAACAAAAUACGAAAAAUACUGUCCAAAAACUGUUUUCCAAAAUUAUUAAUUGAAAAAUUAAUAAAUGAAUAUAAUAUACCGAAAUCUAAGGACAAAUCUCAAGAAAAAUAUUACAAAUCAAUGAUUUAUAUUCCUGGAUUAUCUGAGAGAUUCCAAAAUUCCGAUUUAUAUGACAAGGAUAAACUGCAAAUAGCAACACGGACAAACAAUACACUAAAAAGUUUAUUUACUAAUACCAAAAGUAGAAUUCCGUUAAGUGAGAGACACAAUGUAAUAUAUAGCAUUGAAUGUGAUGGAACAAAAGACGACAAAUGUGGAAAAAUAUAUGUUGGUACCACAAAAAACAAAUUAAAAACUAGAAUAUCGGGACAUAAAUCAGACAUUAAAUUAAGGAGCCAAAACAAUAUUCAAAAAACAGCACUUGCGGAACACUGUAAACUUAACAACCACAUACCAAACUUUGACAAAAUACGAGUAUUACAGGCGGAGAACAACUACAACAGAAGGUUAACAUUGGAGAUGCUGCAUAUAAAUAACAUACCAACAAACAAAAAGAUCAAUUACAAAAGCGACACCGAUAAUGCAGCUUAUUGUUAUCGACACUUGACAAAGAAGAGAUCGUGCAAUACGUAGAAAUAAUCAGUGCAAUAAUAACACCAGACAAUGGUAGUAAAAACUACAUUAGCUGUUAAGUAAAUCUGACAAUUUUAUGUAAAUAUUGCCCCUGAAGAUGCAAUUUGAUAAUUGCGAAAUAUUGGGAACAUAUUAUUGUAAUCAAUAAAAUAAAUCCGAAAAUGGCCUAAAGCUCGAAAAAAUCUUAUUAUUUAUAAAUCAAAUAAAAAGGCCGAUA